GGUUGCAAAUAGUCGGCCCCAUAGAAAAAGGUGCAAGUUAUAGUGUAUCCAAUUCGUCUAACGGUGUCAUUGAAAGCUGAUAACUGUGUGAUUUGGAAUUUUUUGGGCGUUGACUUUUCAGUCAUCGACUCUGUUUAAGGCUCCAUUCUUGAAUUCGGAAAGUGGUAAACAGUGAAGAAUGGAUCCUCGGCUCUGGCACAAAGUGGCUGCUCUUUCUGGAAUAUCUGCUCUUGGGCUGGGGACUUAUAGUGCUCAUGGCUUCAAACCCAAAAACCCCACUUACAAAGAGGUUUGGCGAACGGCAAUUCUGUACCAGUUGGUUCACACUGCUGCUUUGCUUGCUGCUCCUGUAACCACACAUCCCAACAUUUUUGGAGGCCUUUUGACUACUGGAAUUGUGACAUUCUCCGGGUCGUGUUAUGUUGUGGCAUUGCUCGAGGACAGAAAGUACGGUACCUUAGCUCGAUUUGGUGCCUGUGCGUUUAUUGCCGCUUGGGCGAGCUUGCUUUUCUAAGAUUUCAAUCUGGCGGAUUGAAAGAGGGUGAGUUUCUCCUAAAAAGUUCAUCUAGAGCUGAAAGACCUUACAAACAAGAUGUUUCUGCUAAGUGGACUUUUGAUUAAUGUGUGAGGAGAGCGACCUAUCUCGAAAUCCAUGUUUGUGUGGGCUUUAGCCUAUUUAGCCCGUUUCAGCUAUCUUUAAUCUGUAUUUUUGUGGGAUUUAGCCCGUUAAGCCCAUUUGAAAACACAUGAAAGUGUGAAGAGAGCACUGUUGUGACCUUGGGGAGUGGAACUCACAUAUAAAUAUGCUCUUGUAAUUUCCAUCGUUUAUAACUGUUUCAGUGUGUUGUCUAA